GGCAAACGAUCACCGAAAAUCGGAACAGACAUGGUCCCGCGCAACGUUUCCGUCGUUUUUUCGUCUCUCGUGUUCCUCGUCACCGUUGUCCACUGUAUCUCCAAGGAAUACAAUAAUUUCGCCGAUGUCCCUUGCGGUCAAGGAAACAUCGCCACACGCACGGCGAGACUCGUUGGAGGACAAAAUGCAAUUCCUCACGAAUUCCCUUGGAUGGUGAGCAUAAGCAGGAAAGGCGGACACUUUUGCGGCGGUACCAUACUUAAUUCAAGAUUCGUCCUGACUGCAGCCCAUUGCCUGUGUUCAGGGAGUUCUAUAAUCCCCACCGGUCAAUUACGGAUCAGCCUCGGCGAGUACAAUCUGAAGGGGCCGGAAGUUCCAGCAUCGAAGGAAGAGAGAGUGACGAACGUUAUCCUGCACCCUGGCCACAAGUGCGGAAAAUACGUGGACGAUAUUGCCCUUCUGGAACUUGCAAGGCCAAUCGCUUGGUCGGAGAGCGUGAAACCCGCCUGUUUACCUGUGGCCACAGGGAAACCAGGGUAUAGCGCCUUCGGCGGGGAACUCGCCAAGGCUGCUGGAUGGGGUUGGUUCGGCGAAGACAGGUCCAAAUAUAAACGAGCGGACGUGUUGCAGAAAGUGGAGGUUCGCGUGAUCGAGAACAACGUAUGUCGCGAGUGGUACGCGAGUCAGGGAAAGUCGACCCGCCAAAUGUGUGCUGGCCACGAAGAAGGUGGCCGCGACUCUUGCUGGGCUGAUAGUGGCGGACCUUUGAUGAUCGGAAGUCAAGCCGAUGGUAACAUAAUGGUGGUGGGGGUGGUCUCAUCAGGAGUGGGUUGCGCUCGACCACGACUUCCGGGUGUAUACACUAGAGUCUCGGAAUACAUACCCUGGAUCACGCAACACGUACUACGAUGAAACGAAACUCGAAGCUUCAUUCGCUUCACUUUCCACGGAACUGUCUGUAUAGACUUCGAAACGCAUUUUCUCUUCGUGUAUUUAAAGAGAAAGAGCGAAGUACCGUAAGAAGAUCGAUCUUGUCAAAUAUGUAACGUAUUCUUUUCGUUGAAGAAAUUUCGAAGCUAAAAACCAAUGCUUGAAUUAGUCUUAAUGGAGAUUCUUAAAUUAUUAAAAACUUACUUUAAAAGAUAGAUGUAGAAAACUAAUAUAAAGUAUAAGACGUGAUUUGUAAUACAAAUUUCGUCGAUUGCAACAAGACUAUAGAAUUAUAGAAUAAAGUUAUUAAUUAAAUUUAGCGAAGCCAUUAUUGUAAG